GGACCCUGGGGGGAGGCCGCGGGGGCCUCGGAGUUCUGAGCUGUGUUUGUGGUUUCGGCACUUUGAUCUCCUGCCAGCGAAACCUGGAAGGUCAGGCCGGGCUGCAGCCAAGCCCUGGAGCGAGGAGCCGGGUGGAGCGGACGGAGCGGGCCGAGCUGCGCCACCCACCCGCACCCCCACCCCCCUCCUCUCCCACUACCCGAGAGUGAGUCUGCGUGGCUGCCCAGGCGCCCCCGCCCCCGCCCGUUGGGCCGUUUUGUGUGCCGAUCUCCUUCAGGCAGCGGAUCAGGAGCUCCGCGAAUCAUGAAAGUAAAUUAGCUAAAUGCUCCACAAGUUUGGUUUGGUACAAUCAUUUAUGUUGCGUAUGCCCUAAAGAAAGCAUUUUUUAAGCUAGGUGCACCCCUUUCCUCUCUGCCCUUUCCCAGAGCAGCAGGCUAUUGGUCUGGUGGUUUUGCGGGUGUUGGGGUCGUUUCUUUCGACACUUCUGACACCCGCCCCUUUCUUGGCACCAGCAUUUUCUCACCGGUUACCCAUGUGCUCUGGUGUGUGACCUCAUUUCCUAUGGAAUGAAAGGUUUCUGUAGGAAAACAGGGCGCUGGUGAGAUCGGCCUUGCCAGCCCCCUUGCCUGGCAAGAGUCUUCCCUGUCGGAGCAGUGACUCAUGCUUCAGGGAACAACAGCUGACCAGAGUGAUCAAGAGCCCGGUGCCUGGGUGGUCACUACUCAGUGAAGAACAGGGGGAGGAGGAAAGGAAAAAGUGAGGAGGGAGGGUUUAAAAGCCACUCUCUGGCCUCCAGCGGGCGGGGCCUAAAGGGACCCAGUGGGUGGUGUCUGUUUGGACUACCCCAGGCCUGGCCAGGAGAGACUGGUCCAUGUCUGGCUGGGUGGGGGGUCUCUGGGUCUGGCUGGUUGGUCUCCAUCCACACUCACAGUCCCUGUCCCUCCCCGACCACAGAGUAGGCCCUGCGGCAGUGGUGACAGACUCGGGGCUUGUACCUGGCUGGCCCCCUUUAUUCCUGGCAAUGAUAUUCCCCAGGCUCAAGCUUGAGGCAGAUGUGCCUCUCAAGCCUUUGUUUUGGUCUCAUUGCCCCAACCAAGGCUAAGGCUAUCAACUGAGUUUGGGAAUUCGGACUCUGCCACCAGUUCCCCGGGAAGGCCAAGCUUCUGGUCUUCAUACCAGCUGGGGAAGGCCCACUGGUGUCCGCUCGCUUUCCCGGGACAGGCCCCUGUGGGUUGCCGGCCCACUUUCUCCACAGUUUUCAAGGUGUUCCAUGGGCCCCACCAGUCUCUGAGACUGAGGUCCCUGAGUAUAAUGGGAGGAAACUGUAAAAAUCGGCAUCUCGUGCCAUCUAUUCUGUGGAUUUGCCCAAGGAUAGUCAUUUGGUAAGAGUUUGCCUUUGGUCAGAGUUCUAAAAGGAGCUCACAUUCCUCCGGAUUGGAAGGAAGGAACACUGCAGGUGCAUGGUCUUGUUUUCUAAGAGUUUUGGUAUCAGAGAUGUGCUCACACGGAGGCCUGGGGCCUCAUGAAGAUCCCCAGUGGGGCAGAGCCACUAGGAGUGCCUGGGGUCGGGGUUGCCCAGAGACAGCAUGGCGGCAGUAGAACUAACCACCGAGAGGAGGGCCCAUCAGCAAAGCCGCCCCUGCAGAUGGGCCUGCGGUUAAUAACCCAAAUCCCAAAAGCCUCAGAUCAGCAGAAUUGAGUUCCAAGAAGAUCUGGUGGAGAACAGACCUUUCCCAAUGGAAGAGUCAAAGGGAACAGGAGAUCUGGUGGCCAGGAACAAGCUAUAGUCUGUGCUUGGAGUAACAGGGGCCUAAGUGUUUGAUGCUAACCCCGAGGGCAAAAGCUGAUCUUUUUGGGUUAAUGAACAAACAUUUCUUGGCCAUUUACCCUGUGCCAGGCCCUUGGCUGGAUUCUGGGAACUGGGCAGGAAAGAAGUCUGACACCUGGGCAGCCCUCUAGUGAGGAGGCACCUUGAGUAAACAAUGACACUGUGAUGUCAUAAGGGGCAGAGUCAGGCCCCGGCGGUUGGGGGGUAGGGGAUCAGUGUGGAGGCCGCUAACACCUUAGUCAACCAGAGUUAGAAGAGGUAAAGGCUAACAGGUGUGGGGGAGGUAGUGUGUGCCUCAGCAGCAAGGCUGCAGGCCGUCAGGGAACUAGUAGAAGGUCAGCCCCGUUAGACUGAGGUUGGAGGGUUGGAGUGUGGAGUUUGCCAUAAGCAGCGGGGAGGUCACGGUUUAUGCCAGGAGUAGCACAGUUAUUCGAGGACAGUAGUGCAGGUCAGAGCUGUGAUUCAGAAAGGUCCCUCUGCUGCAGAGUAGAGACCCCACUGGGGGGCAGCUGGGAUGGGCUAGGAAAUGCCCAAGGGAAAAUGUUACUGUUACUCACGUUGGGUGUCCUGGACAGAGGGGGCAGCAGUGGGGAAGAAAAAACAGUGGCUGGAUUUGGAAGAUGGAAUCAGCAAAUCUUGAUGAGUAAAUCAGCAAAUCAGUUGAGUGUAGGGCUGAAGGCAAAAGUUUAGCUCCGCCCCUGUGAGCCUUGGUUUUAGGAGGGUAAAGACUGGAUGAAGGGUAGGCCCAUGGCAAGACCCCAUGCAUCCAUAUCAGCCUGAGCAAGAAAGGACCCACAGAUGCCCAGGACAGUAGGCUCUACUUUGGGCAUGGCCACAGAAGGAACUUGGGGACCCAAGUUGAAGCAGAAUGCUGAUACCAAGUCAUAGGAACCAAGGGCUGGUCCCAUUUUGGAUUCUCAGCAAUAAUGGUUUCUGCCACUUUGGGUCACACUGCUCUAUAAGUGUAUCAGAGGAGAGCUACAAGUGAACACUCUUCUUGGGCAAAAAGAGAUCUCCACACCCUCAUCCUACUCCUUUCAAAGCAAGAUCUCUUUGGCCAGGACUACAGCAAGUGUGUCAUGAUAGGCACUUCUAGAAGGUCCCAGAUUGUAUCUUUCUUGGGAUGUCUGGCACAGCUGGACUUCUUGAAUAGUUGUCAAGUUGAACUACAUAAUGGAAUGUUUUCAUACCAAAAAGCGCCUCAUUUAGGUUGCAGUGCGUGCAGUCUCUACUUGGUUUCCAGCUCAAAAUGUAGAUCUCUCUCAUAUCCCUCAGCCUUCUCCCUAUACCUUAGAGCAGGGCCAUGAACGAGGGGUUGGCAUACCACACACCAUGGAGCAGUGGGUUCCAAAAUGUCUUCCAGAGAAGGGAGGGUAUUGACAGGAGUUGCUGCAGAAAGUUUCUGUAUCUCCCAAAAUGGGGGAUCCCAGGUAGAUAAGAGCCUCUAGCAUUCUACCAGUGUGCUCUGUAGAUGUCAAGGGUGACUCUAGAAUGUGCAGCAUUUCUCAAAGGACACAAACCAAGACCGUCUCAUCCUGUGACACGUACUUGGGGAAAAACUGCAGUAGAGACAAAAUAACUGAGCCCAUAUUCAUUUCUUACCCAUUUCCCCUUGGAAUAACCAUUCCUUGUGACUCCCCUUCCCUCUUCAGAGAGGGCCAUGCCUGCAUUGCUUGCAGAAUGUAUGCUCUGCGAGCUGCUGCUUCCUGCUGUAGGUAUCCCCAGGGCCUAGCACACACCGGAACUGGUUAAAUUACUACUGUUAACAAAUAAAGAAAUAAAUGGCACUGCGAAUAGAAAUUAAACUCUGUUCCCACCUACUGUGUUCAUUUUGUUGAGCAUGGACCAUGCCCAGGGCAAUCUUCUUUGUUAGGCUCUAUGGGGCACACAGACUGGUCAGUAAGAUGUACCUCCUGGUUCCUUUAGACUCUGAAGGCGGGUUAGCCCAGCACUGCGCCAGCCAUUUACAUAUAAGAUGUCUCUGCCCUCUGACUAGGCAGGACCCACUUGUAGCUGUUUCACAAUAGAUGCUGCCAGGAUGUGAGUAUGAGAAUAGAAAUAUGGCACUGUUUAUGAAAGAGAAAAUGUAGAAAUCUGCUAAAUACCUGUCAGGGGGACAGUCUUAAGCUCAGGUACAACCAUAUAAUGGAAUAAUAUGUGUAGCUGAUAAGAAGGACUUUUUUUAAAAUAUAAAUGCAUAUAGUACUGUUCAGUAAAUGGUUGCAUUAAGGUGGGGGAGGUAUAGAAUAGUGUAUACACACAAUUUAUUUGUGUUUUUUUGUAAGUGUAUUUUGAUAUAUGAGUAUAUAAGUGCAUUUUAUUCCUGCUAAUAUAUGGGUUUUUAAAAAACAACAUGGAGAGAUAUAAACCACACUGUUGAUGUUAUAAAGUCUGGGACACAGGGGGUAAGAGGUGAGUUGUUUUUUGCUUUCAGUUUCUAAAUUAUUUCAAAGUAUUCACAUUAAGCACGUUACUUUUAUAAAUAGCAAAAACACGAAAGAUGGUUAUACUUGAGGGGAAAAUGCAUCGUUAGAAAGUGGUAAGCAACAGAAGAGAAUUCUUGGAAAGAUUAAGGCCCAGAGAGGGCUAAGAACUGCCUUAGGCUGUAGAGAAGAACUUGUCAGACUGAUGGGAGGCGAGGCACAUGAACUUGACCUUGAAGAACCAGUAGGUAUGAUCAGCACAUGGUAGUUCACACUGGAGUAUCUUUCUGCAUUGAAUAAUAUGCAAAGAGUUACUCUCAAACUGACUUCCUUCUCCUAGCCAGCUCACCACAGGCCACUUUACCCAGAAGUUGUGUUUUCAAAUUUGCCUUGUAAUAUCUGCGCCAUCCUAUUAAAAGUCGAGUGGGUUUAUAAGGAGGGGAUUGUAUUAGGACUCUUAGAAUAAUCUUCCUAUCCUUUGGCCCUGGGCCUCCCUUCUAAGGAAAUUGGAAAUGUAAGCCACAAUUUGUUCAAUGUAGCAUUAAUUAUUAUAAUAAAAAACUAGAAUUAAGUCUAAUAACAAAAAUACAUGAGUGAGUAGAGUAUGCGAGUGGAUAUUUCACAGCCUUAAAGGUGUCUACAAGAACUUUUUAAUGACUUGUUGGAAGCUUAUGAUAAGUAUAAAAAAGAAAAAAAAACAGAGCCAGAAAACCAAAAUGGGGGGGGGGGUCUGCUUGGAGCCUCCAUAUGCCAGAACUUCCUGUAAGAGGUUGAAGACCUAGAUCUUCAUAUCAGCACUAACAGUCCAACUUCCUUGGUUAUUGUAUGAUCAGGAGUUUGGGACAGAGGAGAUUUUUAGUCAUCUUUUGGGUUGUCUCUGAUUAAGAUGGUGUUCUGUCAAAGAUUUCCUGAAACAAAUACUGGGCACUAGGACCACCACCUUUAGCGCCAGACAGACAGAUAAACAACGGGGAAAGAUGGAGUCUGUGCCCCGGGGGCUGCUGGGAGUAACCAAGUCUGGGUGUCACUGCACACACUGGGGAGAGUGCCAGACCCGUUCCUGAUCGGAGUUCCAGAAUUUAAUGGAAACUAAAGCAACCUGAAGGCAUUGAGUUCUCCCACCCAUUAGGUGGUAGUGGGGCUCAUCAGAAUGCUUCAUUCCUAUCCGGAAAUUUGGGUCUCAGACACACUGAUAGAAAGAAGCGCUUUCCUUCAGGGAAAACCAUGUCCAUAUUCAGGGAGGAGCAACCCAAGAGUAUGGUCCCAGGCAGACCACAGAGUAAUAACAAGGGAGACUUGCAUCAUAGUAAGUGCCAACCUCAUAAGACCCUGUCUCCUGGGGCUUGAAAUUUUGUGCUUUGCACAGCAGAAGUGUGCAGAUGUUUGCAUUUUUGAUACCUGUCAGUGGUUAUGGACAUCGCCUAGCCUUGGGUCUUAAAGACCUGGAAAGGUGAAUAAAGGACCAUGACAGCCUUUUGUUCCACAUUUUUACUGCUGGGCUUCCUGCUGGUUGACCUGCCCACCUGCCCUUGCUGGACUAAGGCAGCAAAGGCCAAGCGGGCAGUGCAGCGAGGAGCCACUGCGGUCAUCUUUGAUGUGUCAGAAAACCCAGAAGCUAUCGAUCAGCUAAACCAGGGCUCAGAAGACCCGCUCAAGAGGCCAGUGGUGUACGUGAAGGGUGCAGAUGCCAUCAAGUUGAUGAACAUUGUCAACAAGCAGAAAGUAGCUCGAGCAAGGAUUCAGCACCGCCCCCCUCGACAACCCACAGAGUACUUCGACAUGGGGAUUUUCCUGGCGUUCUUCGUCGUGGUCUCCUUGGUCUGCCUCAUCCUUCUCGUCAAAAUCAAGCUGAAACAGCGGCGCAGUCAGAAUUCCAUGAACAGGCUGGCUGUGCAGGCUCUGGAGAAGAUGGAAACCAGGAAGUUCAACUCUAAGAGCAAGGGGCGCCGGGAGGGGAGCUGUGGGGCGCUGGACACACUCAGCAGCAGCUCGACAUCCGACUGCGCCAUCUGCCUGGAGAAGUAUAUCGACGGGGAGGAGCUGCGGGUUAUCCCCUGUACUCACCGCUUUCACAGGAAGUGCGUGGACCCGUGGCUGCUGCAGCACCACACCUGCCCCCACUGUCGGCACAACAUCAUAGAGCAAAAGGGCAACCCGACCGCCGUGUGCGUGGAGACCAGCAGCCUCGCACGCGGCCGGCAGCAGAGGGUGAUCCUGCCGGUGCACUACCCCGGCCGCGUGCACAGGACCAACGGCAUCCCGGCCUACCCCACCCGCACGAGCAUGGACUCCCACGGGAACCCCGUCACGCUGCUGACCAUGGACCGGCACGGGGAGCAGAGCCUCUACUCCCCACAAACCCCCACCUACAUCCGUGGCUACCCACCCCUCCACCUGGACCCCAGCCUGGCCCCUCACCGCUGUGGCCUGGAGCACCGGGCCUACUCCCCAGCCCACCCCUUCCGCAGGCCCAAGUUCAGCGGCCGCGGCUUCUCCAAGGCAGCUUGCUUUUCUCAGUAUGAGACCAUGUACCAGCACUACUACUUCCGGGGCCUCAGCUACCCGGAGCAGGAGGGCCAGGCGCCGGCUGGCCUCGCACCCCGGGGCCCGGCCCGUGCCUUUGCGGCUAGCAGCGGCAGCAGCCUGCUCUUCCCCACCAUGGUGCACAUGGCCCCGCCAUCGCACCUGGAGAGCGGCAGCACGUCCAGCUUCAGCUGCUACCACGGCCACCGCUCGGUGUGCAGCGGCUACCUGGCCGACGGCCCAGGCAGCGACAGCAGCAGCAGCAGCAGUAGCAGCAGCAGCAGCUCCGGCCAGUGUCACUGCUCCUCCAGCGACUCGGUGGUGGACUGCACUGAGGUCAGCAACCAGGGUGUGUACGGGAGCUGCUCCACCUUCCGCAGCUCCCUCAGCAGCGACUACGACCCCUUUAUCUACCGCAGCCGGAGCCCCUGCCGUGCCAGCGAGGUGGGGGCCGUGGGCGGCUCGGCCCGGGGGCCGGUGCUGGGCCUCGAGGGCUCCCCGCCACCUGAGGACCUCUCGGUGGCCCACAGUCAAGGUGCUGGGCGAGCAGAGCCUUGGCCCGGCCCUUCCUCACCCUCGGGGGACCAGCUGUCCACCUGCAGCCUGGAGAUGAACUACAGCAGCAACUCCUCCCUGGAGCCCAGGGGGCCCGCUAGCUCUACCUCAGAAGUGGGGCUCGAGGCUUCUCCUGGGGCGGCCCCAGACCUCAGGAGGACCUGGAAGGGGGCCCGCGAGGGGCUGUCGUGUGCCUGCUGCUGUGAGCCCCAGCCCUCCGCCCUGGAGCCCAGCGGCGGAGUGGCCGGGGGCAGCACAUUGUUCCUGGGCCCCCCGCUCUGUGAGGCCUGUGGCCCCACGGGCAGAGAGGUGCAGCUGGGAAGCUCCCAGGGCCUGUACAGCCUUCACCCGGACCAUUUGCCCAGGACAGAUGGGGUGAAAUACGAGGGCCUUCCCUGCUGCUUCUAUGAAGAGAAGCAGGUGGCCCGUGGCAGCGGCGGGGGCCGCACCUGCUGCGUGGAGGACUGCUCGGUCAGUGUGCAGUACACGCUCGCCCAGGAGCCCCCGCCCGGCUGCCCCCCAGGAGCCUGGGACCUGAGCCAGCGCAUCCCCAUCAUUCCGGAGGAUGUGGACUCUAACUUAGGCCUGCCCUCGGACUGCCAAGGGACCCAUGGCCUCGGCCCCUGGGGUGGGACACUGGGCCCGGAUGCCCUGCGACCCCACUACAUCUUAGGAGCCACCCAGGAAGACGAGCCGAUUCUGUGCCACCAGGCCAGGGCUCCGCUCUCGCCCAGCUGCCCUCCGGAGUGUGCAGAGGCCCCCGGGGCCACCUUCCCUGGUGCCCCCCAGGACACUCAGGAGUCCAGCGCCACCGCCCCUGAGGCUGCAGGACAGAGAUCUCGUCCAGCAGACAGUGGCACAGGAGCCUGAGCUCAGAAGGAACUCUUACACGGAAAUGGGGACUAUAUGGAGACUCCAAGCUCUGACUUCCUUAAGGAAAAAAAAAAAAGAUUUUUUUUUUUAGCUUUGACAAACACACAAAAGUGGUAAUAAAGAGAGCCCUCCUUCUCAACCCAAAAUGUGAGCCACCUGUGGCAAACUGCCUCCCACCCCCCAUUAACAAACCAACAGACAAAAUUCUCUGAGUCUUUUGCCUCUUUUGAUAACAUGGUAUAUUCUGUUUUGUAAAGUGUGUGUGCUUGGGGUCCCAAGGUGUGUGGGAUUGAGUUCUCUGCUUUGUUUUUUAAGAUAUUAUAUGUAAAUGUAAAAAGUUAUUUAAAUAUAUAUUUUAAAGAACCCUAAUCGCCAACUUUUGCUGAAAAAAAAAAAAAAAACGAAAUCACUGCUGCAUUAAUUGAACCAUAUCAUGUGUAGAUACUGUUGUCUCCCUGGAGGGAGCUCAGGCCUUUGAAAAGCUCAGGGCUACACCUGCCUUAGAAAAUGAACCAGAAA